AUGAGCAAGCGGCCCCUAAACGAGGAGGAGGAAAGGCUGCGUCGGUGGCACCAGGCAACUUCCGACGACAGCGCGGCCAUCGCCGCGGCCAAGAGGCAGCAGCAGCGGCUGGCGCCAGUGUGCAAAGAAUGCGGCAACCAGGCCAAGGUACUACGAAAGCACGCCGGCGGGAUGCUCUUUUUCGCGUGCGGAUCAUGCAGGUCGCCGACGGGAGCUCCAAAGUUUCUGUCGCCAUGCGUUGAUGGCCAGGGGCGCGCGGUGACGGUGGCCGCAACGCCAGGCGCCGCAGCUGAUUCGCCCGAGUGGCCACCCUCUGUGUCGCCGGUGCGGCCGCGCGCACCGCCGACAACGCCGCCGACGCCACCAACCGCGCGGCCGCCAUCCGCUGCGGAAAUCGCCUCCUCGUCGCGGUGGGGGCGGCCCGAAGUGCUGCCGGGCGGGACGCGUGUAACGGUGCGGGGCCUGCAGGGCGCGGCGCAGCACAACGGCAAGAGCGGCGAGGUGAACGAGAGCAACGCCGCGACGGGGCGGUACACGGUGCAGCUCGACGACGGCGAGGUGCUGCGCCUCAAGCCGGAGAACCUGCUCCAGUCCUGCUCCGCCGAGCUGACGGGCAUCGAGCGGAAGCCGGAGCUCAACGGGCGCGAGGGGCGCGUCACGGGCUGGGACGCGUCGGGCGGGAGGUACCACGUGGUCUCGGUCAAGCCGGACAACCUGAUCCUGCCUCAGGGGGCGAGGGCGACCGUCGUCGGGCUCGUCUCGCAGCCGCGCUGGAACGGGUCCACCUGCAAGGUGAUCUCCUUUGACCGCGAGCGGCGGCGCUACACCGUCCAGAUGAAGGACGAGUCGACGCACCUCGCCCUCAAGCUCGAGAGCCUCCGGCUCUGA